CUCCUGAUUCCUCACAAGGGCCUCUCCACAAGCCUCAAUUAUUAGCCCAAAAUAUUCCCUGCACCUCCCAACCUCGUCCCCCUUUAUAAGGCAAACUGCAAACUGGAAGAGAUGCACCAAACAUGAGCUGCAAACAAACCUAGAGAGAGAACCAGGAGACAAAUUCAUGGUAGGAGAUGGAGCAAGCAGACGAAGCAUCAUCAGUGAACAAGGAGAGCCCAGAGCGACUUACCAUCGACCAGGAAGACGGCGCGGCAUGGCUGAGCCUCACGCUAGGCGCGAAUGGGUCACCAGAGGAGGUAGCAAACUGCUCGGAGCCUGACCCUGAGCCCAAGCCUUCUGCCCCACACAAGGUCUUCUCAUGUAAUUUUUGCAUGCGAAAGUUCUUCAGCUCACAGGCGCUGGGUGGCCACCAGAACGCCCACAAGCGGGAGCGCAGCGCUGCCAAGCGCUCCUACCAUGCACAGAGGAUGGUGAUGGGCCUUCCUCUUGAGGCACAUGCCGUCUUUGUGCAAUCCCUGAGAGUUAACCAGAGUUCAGUGAUUCAGAAGUCAAGCCAACAAGCACAGAUCAGGACAACGCCGAGGUUCCAUGAAGGAGGGAUGACCUGGGAAACAGUUCCCUGCGAGGAGGUGCAAAAUUCAAUAUGGCCAGGAAGCUUCAGAUCAAGAACACAACCUUCAGACGAACCAUCAGAACAAAGUAAGAUAGACUUGAACCUCAGGCUUUGAUAGAUUGAUGUAUCAACUUUGACCACUACAGAAGUCCACAUCGAGUUUGUCCUUCUGAAUAAAUGGUUUGAGGAAGGGAUCGAUUAAGUUCAGCUCGCCAUCAGAAUCAGUGAAAAGCAUUGAUGGUACUGAACUCUGAAGAUACGAUUGUUCCUUUUGAAUUCAUGGUGACAUUGCUGCAAUAUUUUUGUAGCAAGAUACUUAAUAUGAUUAUGUUUAGCCUAGUUGACACCGCUGUGAAGGAAUCCACGGAUUUUUGUACUUACUAGAAGCAGCAUAUAUAUUGUCAUCCUCAUAUUACAAGCUCUGUAAAUUCUUGUUUAACCUGGCUAAGUGAAGCUCUGAUAAAAACAUAA